AUAUGAUGCCAUUCCAGCACUGGACUCAUGGAGGCUGAACAUUUAUUCAGGAGUCCAUAGAGGCUACUGUAUUAUACUGAAGAAGAUGUCUAACAGUAACACUACUCAAGAGACCCUCGAAAUAAUGAAAGAGUCAGAAAAAAAACUGGUGGAAGAAUCUGUAAACAAAAACAAGUUUGUAUCUAAGACUCCAAGUAAGGAAGAAACUGAGAAAGAGAGUGAAGAUACUGGUUUGCGUCAGGAGACACAGAGGCGGACAUCCAGCCAUGGUCAUGCCAGGAAAAGAGCCAAGUCUAAUUCCAAGCUUAAGUUGGUGCGCAGCCUGGCAGUGUGUGAGGAGUCCUCUGCCCCAUUUGCUGAUGGGCCACUAGAAACCCAGGAUAUAAUUCAGUUGCACAUCAGCUGCCCCUCUGACAAAGAGGAAGAAAAGUCCACAAAGGAUGUCUCUGAAAAGGAAGACAAAGAGAAAAACAAAGAAAAGGUCCCAAGAAAGAUGCUUUCUAGAGACUCCAGCCAAGAAUAUACAGACUCCACUGGAAUAGACCUACAUGAAUUUCUUGUAAAUACACUGAAAAAGAACCCAAGGGACAGAAUGAUGCUGCUAAAAUUAGAACAGGAGAUUCUGGAAUUUAUUAAUGACAACAAUAACCAGUUCAAGAAGUUCCCUCAGAUGACCUCAUAUCACCGGAUGCUAUUACACCGGGUAGCUGCCUAUUUUGGGAUGGACCACAAUGUUGAUCAAACUGGAAAAGCUGUCAUCAUCAACAAAACCAGUAACACAAGAAUCCCUGAACAGAGAUUUUCAGAACAUAUAAAGGAUGAGAAGAAUACAGAAUUUCAACAGAGAUUCAUUCUCAAGAGAGAUGAUGCCAGUAUGGACCGAGAUGAUAACCAGAUCAGAGUUCCAUUGCAGGAUGGAAGGAGGAGCAAGUCAAUAGAAGAGAGAGAGGAGGAAUAUCAAAGGGUCCGAGAGAGAAUAUUUGCCCGAGAGACUGGCCAGAACGGAUAUCUAAAUGACAUCAGACUCUCCAAAGAAGCCUUUUCUUCUAGCUCUCACAAGAGAAGGCAGAUUUUUAGGGGGAACCGUGAGGGGCUGAGCCGAACCUCAAGCAGCCGCCAAAGCAGCACAGACAGCGAACUCAAAUCCCUGGAGCCACGGCCGUGGAGCAGCACAGACUCUGACGGCUCUGUCCGCAGCAUGCGGCCCCCUGUCACCAAAGCCAGCAGCUUCAGCGGAAUCUCUAUCCUCACCCGAGGGGACAGCAUCGGGAGCAGUAAAGGUGGCAGUGCAGGAAGGAUCUCCAGGCCAGGUUUGGCGCUAGGUGCCCCAGAAGUGUGCAACCAGGUCACCUCAUCCCAGUCUGUCCGGGGCCUUCUCCCUUGUACUACCCAGCAGCAGCCGCCGCAGCCGCAGCCGCAGCCACUUCCUGCUCUCCCACCCACGCCUCAGCAACAGCCACCCCUGAGCAGUCACGUGCUCUCACAGCCAGUCCCAGCUCUGCAGCCCUCUCCGCAGCCUGUUCAGUUCUCUCCAGGCUCCUGUCCCCAAGUCCUUCUGCCAGUCUCUCCGCCCCAGCAGUACAACAUGGCAGAUGACCUCAGCAACCCCUUUGGACAAAUGAGCCUUAGCCGUCAAGGUUCUACCGAAGCAGCUGACCCAUCCUCAGCUCUGUUCCAGCCCCAGCUUAUCUCCCAGCACCCUCAGCAGACUAGCUUCAUCAUGGCUUCUGCAGGACAGCCCCUCCCCACAUCCACCUAUCCCCCCUCUAGCCAUGCGCCACCUACUCAGCAAGUCCUGCCGCCCCAGGGCUAUAUGCAGCCCCCUCAGCAGAUCCAAGUUUCUUACUAUCCCCCUGGACAGUAUCCUAACUCCAACCAGCAAUAUCGACCUCUCUCUCACCCGGUGGCCUACAGCCCCCAACGUGGUCAACAGCUGCCUCAGCCAUCCCAGCAGCCUGGUUUACAGCCCAUGAUGCCUAACCAGCAACAGGCGGCUUACCAAGGCAUGAUUGGGGUCCAGCAGCCACAGAACCAGGGCCUGCUCAGCAACCAGAGGAGCGGCAUGGGGGCCCAGAUGCAAGGCCUGGUGGUUCAGUACACUCCACUGCCUUCUUACCAAGUCUCAGUGGGUAAUGACUCCCAGAAUGUGGUCCAGCCGCCUUUCCAGCAACCCAUGCUGGUCCCUGCGAGCCAGUCUGUGCAAGGGGGGCUCCCAGCAGGGGGCGUACCAGUGUACUACAGCAUGAUCCCACCGGCUCAGCAGAACGGUACUAGCCCUUCUGUGGGGUUUCUACAGCCUCCCGGCUCUGAGCAGUACCAGAUGCCUCAGUCUCCCUCUCCCUGCAGUCCGCCACAGAUGCCACAGCAGUACUCAGGAGUGUCACCUUCUGGACCAGGCGUGGUGGUCAUGCAGCUGAAUGUCCCUAAUGGACCCCAACCCCCCCAGAACCCAUCCAUGGUCCAGUGGAGUCACUGUAAAUAUUACAGCAUGGACCAGCGCGGGCAGAAACCUGGAGACCUGUACAAUCCUGACAGUAGCCCCCAGGCCAACACACAAAUGAGCAGCAGUCCCGUCACAUCUCCUACCCAGUCGCCGGCACCCUCUCCUGUCACCAGCCUCAGCAAUGUCUGCACAGGACUCAGUCCCCUUCCUGUCCUCACACAGUUCCCCCGGCCUGGGGGUCCAGCACAGGGUGAUGGGCGCUAUUCCCUCUUGGGCCAGCCAUUACAGUACAAUCUAUCCAUCUGUCCUCCCUUGCUCCAUGGCCAGUCGACGUACACGGUACACCAGGGUCAGAGUGGAUUGAAGCAUGGAAACCGGAGCAAGAGACAAGCACUCAAAUCUGCCUCCACUGACCUGGGGACAACAGACGUUGUCCUGGGCCGGGUGCUGGAGGUGACAGAUCUCCCUGAGGGCAUCACUCGGACUGAGGCGGACAAACUCUUCACUCAGCUUGCCAUGUCUGGCGCCAAGAUCCAGUGGCUCAAGGAUGCUCAGGGGCUGCCUGGCGGGGGCGGGGGGGACAGUGGUGGGACUGCUGAGAAUGGCCGCCACGCGGACCUCGCUGCCUUGUACACCAUCGUGGCUGUGUUCCCCAGCCCCCUGGCUGCCCAGAAUGCCUCCCUUCGCCUCAACAACUCCGUGAGUCGCUUCAAACUUCGAGUGGCCAAAAAGAACUAUGACCUGAGGAUCCUGGAGCGAGCCAGCUCCCAAUAAACGGAGGAGGGGAAGGGACUGGCACAGCAGGGGUGGGGGCAGGACAGAGGGGGUUGAGGGGUCCUGACAGACUAUGGACAGAGGCAGAAAGAAAGGUGACAGACACUGAAGUGGAGCCUAAGACAGUGGGGAUGAAGAUGGAAACAGCUACUCACGCUGGCACUGGACUCCUCACUCCCUGCCAUGGGUCCCCUCUUUUUCCCUGGUUGGCCCUCCUUUGCUUCCCUCUCCUUCCCAUCCUCUUCUGUCAUUUUUUAAUCUCUUCUCCCACCAUGAAAUUAUUCUUUUUCACAUUUUUUGGUCAGGUAGAAUUGGGAGGGUCCCGCACUCCCCUAUUCAAUCUCCUCUACCAUCCAAGCUCCCUUUUCAUUUCUGGUCUUUAUGAAUAUAUUUAUAUGGACAGAAUUAAGAAAGCAAAAUUGAUUUCCCCUUUCUCUCACCUCCCCCAUCUUGUCUCCCCAAACCCCAAAGAGUUAAAACUUGGGCCUCCCCCCACCUCCCGGAACACUUGUAUAUUGUUUGUUUGAGGUUCGUGCCGCAGUAACAGACAGUAUUUAAUUGCACAUACAGAUGUUUGCUGGGUAUAUUCACUGUAAAUUUUAUUUAAUCUGAUUUUUUGUUUGUUUGGGGGGUAAUUUGGGGGGAGGUUGAUUUUUGUUUUUAAAUAUAAAAAAAAAAUCUGUCACUGGACGUCAGUCCCUGCUUCUCUGUUGCUGAGCUGGGGAGGGUGGGGGUGGAGGUCCUGGGUAGGUGCAGCCCCACCGCUUAUCGGAGAGAUCUCAUGCCUGCCUUAGCAUAUGCACACAUACCUUCCUAACACUGUUCCCUGCAUCUCACCCUCUUCCUUGUACAUGAUACUCUGAUAGAUGGCUGGAUCUCCCAUGGGACCUUUGUCCUGCCACUAAGUGUGGCUUCAUCAAGCACAUCUGUUCACAACUCCUGACUUCUGACUCCUUAUUAGUAAAGUAGGAGACUUGAACUAAUUUGCUUAUCUCUGAGGUUCCUUCCACUAUGUUGAUUCUGUGACACUCAUUCUGUGAUACUCGUGGCUGAGCUGUGGAGGGGUGAGAUCCAGAACUGGCUUGAGAUGGUGGCCUCAUACAUGUCCAGAAUCGGAUCUUCUGAAAACUCCCGAGAUGGAGGACUUGGGCCUUUUUUAUGAAAGCUAGAGGAUUGGGUUCUAUGUGGAACAGAAGUGGAUGUUCUUAUGUGAAAGCUACAUCAGUUGAACUUGAAGGGCCAAGAUACUCUAUUACUCGGGCAUGCUCAGCAGUCCCUGUCCAAUGCAACUGAAGAAAGGUGAAAAACAGGCCAUCCACCUGCAUGGAUGGAGCUUUUUUUCUCUCUGAGGCUUCUCAAAGCUAGCCCUGUGGUUGUACGGCCUGUCCAACUAGACCCGUUAAGAGCCAUCCAGCAGGCCCUUUUCAAGCUCACCCACCCCUUGACAAAAGAAAAAAGAGCAGUGACAGAAGUGACAAAGCACAUUACCCUGGAAAUCUCUUGGGUCUGGGUAGCAGUAUCUCUAGCCAGGCUCCUCUGAGGCUUGUCUGACCCAACCUCCAAC